UUCGACAUUUUCCGUCAGUCAGUCAGUCAGUGAGUCGAUUAGUCAAAUUAAAAUUUGCAGGCAGCAGUAGCCAUGUUCGGACAUAACAACAGCUACGUUCCACCCCCUAAUUACAACGACGAUGUUGAUGACGUGUCCGGCGCCGACUUCCCGAAUAUGGCGCCGUUCUGUACUCCGGCCGUCGCCAUUCCGGCGGCGCUAAUAAUGCAGUCCGGCGGCGAUUUCGGGUACGCCAGCAGCAGCAGCUACGGGUCCUUCAGCACCCAGUCCCUCCAUAAGACCACGUCGGAAUUAUACUCCCCCAUGACUGCGUCGCCGUCGCCGCCCGGCGCCGGCGGCUAUUUUGAAUCGGAGGCCAGCAGCUCCGUCCGGAAGGCCAUGAGCACCGGCGACUUGCAGGGGACCAACUCCGGGCAGCAACGAUCCAACAGCCCGUUGGCGAACGAGAUGAGCAUAUUGGAGAGCAUGAGCCGAGCAAGCCCCUACAGCCCCGAAGAAAAGAAAGAAAGAAUCGAACGUUACAGGAAUAAGAGGAACCUUAGGAAUUUCAACAAGAAAAUCAAGUACGAAUGCCGGAAAACUCUAGCGGACAGCCGGCCACGUAUCCGGGGAAGAUUCGCAAGAAAUGACGAGGUGGAGAAGAUUCCGGAUCAAAGUCAAUGGGAUCAUACAGGCGGCGAGGAGUACGACGAAGAUAGUGAUAACUGGAUCAAUUUUCUCGACACGUUUUCGGGAAACCUCAUGCCGUGAUAAUCGAACGGGAGAUCUCACCAUGCUUAGGACUGUUGGAUGAUAUUGUCAUUUUGGAUAUAUUUAUUACCUAAUUAUUUAAGAUGAUUUAAAUUAAGAGUGAUGAUGAUUCAAUGUAAGCAUAUAUAUAUAUAUAUAUAUAUUGUGUACACAACAAUAUAAGGGUCGUCCAGAUAUUAGUAGAUGACGAUCGUUUGUUGUUCGAAUUAAUGUGGUUUUGAUAUAA